GCCUAUAAUAUGUUCAAGUGACGAUCUUAGGGUUUCGUCUCUCUUUCUCUGUUACUGCUCUCGAAAUUCCAACAGAGCAGAAAUAAUCUCAGACGAUCCAAAGAAGAAGAAAGAAGAAGAAGAAGCUUUACCACAGCCAUGUACGGAUCAAGAGGGGCGAUGUUUGGGAGCGGGGGGUUUUCGGACGGGUACGAGGUCGGCUCAAAGAGACAGCGAAUGAUAGAUUCGAAUCCAUACUUCGCAGUGGGCGGCGGCAUCGGCGGCAGCACCUUCCAGCCUUACAACUAUGGCGGACUCCAUUCCUUCCCUGUGGUUCGCUUAAGAGGUCUUCCAUUCAACUGCACCGACAUCGAUAUCUUCAAGUUCUUUGCUGGUUUGGAUGUUGUCGACGUCCUGCUGGUUAACAAGAGUGGCCGUUUCUCUGGUGAGGCUUUCGUUGUCUUUGCAUCCCCAAUGCAGUCUGACUUCGGGCUCCAAAGGGACCGGCAGAACAUGGGGCGGAGGUACGUGGAGGUCUUUCGGUGCACCAAGCAGGAUUACUACCGUGCAAUUGCAGCUGAAGUGAAAGAUGAAGGGUAUGAUGGUGAAUAUCGCAGCCCCCCACCAGCCCGCUCAAAGAGAUCCCACGACAAGGACAACCUGGAAUACACUGAAGUCCUCAAGCUUCGGGGCCUGCCUUACUCCACAACGAAGUCCGACAUAAUGGACUUCUUUGGGGAGUAUGGGCUUACCGAGGAUAACAUACACAUUGCAUGUCGCCAUGAUGGCAGAGUCACUGGUGAGGCUUUUGUUGAGUUUGCCUCUGCUGAUGAUGCGAAGAAGGCAAUGAGCAAGGAUAAGAUGAUGAUCGGAUCGAGGUAUGUGGAGCUGUUCCCUUCAACGCCUGAUGAAGCGAGGCGGGCUGAGUCCAGAUCGAGGCAGUGAUCUUUACUUCGAUCCAUCCUGUCCGCACCUUGAUGGAGAGAUUAUCAGUGGGGGGUAUGGUAGUUUGCUCUUUAUAGAGCUGAUGAUGUUUUUUGUCGGUCCCUGAAUUGGUUUUCCAUUUCUUUUCUACUUGUCAUAGUGGGUAGGCUUUUGUUUUGAAAAAUCAUAUAACUUUAAUCUUAGUUCUCUAUUGAAUAUAUAUUCUAAUGUAUCAUUUUCUCUUGA